CUCAGUGCAUGCCCUCCUCACCUCCAAGAUUCCUACAUUCGAGAACUGACUUCUUCACCCCUCAGCCUGGAGUUGUGGAGGCGGAAUCUUAUACAACAGAAGCCUUCACCAUCUGCCUGUCAGAUGCAGGAACGUUCUGUGAGUACUCCCACAUCAGCUGAGCCCCACAUAGCUGGCCAAAGCGCAGCAUCAGAUCAGGAGAUAAUGGACGUUUCGGAUGAAUGCUCUCUACCAUCUCCGUUGGUUGAAACUAAUCAGGCUGAUGACCAAUCAUUAACCAAUGAAGGCCAAAAUAUUGCAGUAGAAACUGGUUUUGUGGAGUCCUCAGCAGCUCCUGUUCCACCACUUGUCAACAAUUCUGCUACGGCUCAUGGACAGAGUGCCACUAAACAUGUUCCCCCUGUGUUCAGUGAUCCAUUUCCGCAUAAACUGGAGAUGCUGCAAAGACAAUCACAUAUCAGAAAGAACUAUGUAGAAGCGAAAUCACUCUUGAAAGCUGAAUUCCAGAGGAGGAGUGCUGAAUUAAAUGAACAAUUCAAAAGGAAGCAUGAUGACGUAGAAGCCGAGUAUGGCGCCAAGAACUCCGAGCAUACAUCAUCUUUUCGUAUGUUCAGUAACCUUCAGCUUGAAGUUGAGAAGAGUCAAAGACAGUCAGAGAUUGAAAAGAACUAUGAAGAAGAGGAUUCACUCUUGACAGCUGAACUCCAGAGGAGGAGGGCUGAAGUAAAUGAAGAGUUCAAAAGAAAACAUGAUGACAUAGAAGCCGAGUAUACAGCCAAGAGCUCCGAGCAUACAUAAUUUUUUCUAUCUUUCAGCACACUGCCCAAUGCCUCCUCAGCCAAGAAUAGCCUCUCAUCUCUAACACAACCCCCAUCAUUAUCAGCUUCUCCUGUAAUUGCAAGUAAUGUAGCUGUCAAUGUAAGACUCUGAUGACUGAGUGAUCUAAUUUUCUGAUGUUGACUUCGUAAAUGUACUAUGCGCUCUGUUUGUUUCACUGUUUUCUU